CAGCAGCAAGCACAGACUCUUCUGGGUCCUCACACAGGAUGGCCUGGAUGGUAAUUGAUGCACUGAGGUCAGAUUUCACUGUGAACAGAGAGUCAGUGCCAUUUCUAGUCAAGAUGGAGGCAAUGGGGCAUUUGAGAACAUAUGUGGCACUGGCACAACCACCAACUGUGACUCUUCCCAGAGUGAAGGCGCUGACCACCGGCACUGUGCCCGAGUUUUUGGACGUUCUGCGGAACUACGACGGCGGCGCGCUGGCGCAGGACAGCCUAGUGCACAGUCUGCGUCGUGCUGGUCGUCGCGUCGUCUUCUACGGCGACGAUACGUGGACGCGGCUCUUCCCGGACGCGUUCCUGCGCCACGAGGGCACUCACUCGUUCUUCGUGAACGACUACACGGAGGUGGACAACAACGUGACCCGCCACCUAAGCUCUGAGCUGGCGAGGGGCGACUGGGACCUGCUCAUCCUGCACUACCUCGGCCUGGACCACAUCGGACACCUGGCCGGUCCGGCCAGUCCGCUGAUUGGUGCCAAGCUGGCCGAGAUGAGUGACGUCAUGGAGCAGCUGUAUCACGGACUGACAGCCCGCACGACGGGCCCCCCGCCGGUGCUGGUGGUGUGCGGCGACCACGGCAUGAGCGAGGCCGGCAGCCACGGCGGCGCCUCGGCGCCGGAGACGCGCGUGGCGCUCCACUUCGUCAGUCCGAUGUACGCCGGCCGGCGGCAGGCAGACCCGGGCCGCGAGGUGCACCAGGUGGACGUGGCGCCCACGUUGGCCGCGCUGCUCGGCCGGAUGCAGUCCAAACUGCUGUCGGUCACCGCCCGGCACGAUGCUGUCUCCAUGGCGCUGGGCAUCCUGCUACAGCUGACGGGUCCGGGCGUCUGA